AUGACAACAGCACCCUGGCAGUCCGGUACGAACGACACGACCACCAUCCGUCUCGAUCUCACUAACGCCAGUCCUCUAGGCUCGCCGGCAUUCACAGCAGUCACUGCUCGUCGCACACUAACCCGUCCUACUCCAGCGGCUGCACCUCCAGCUCCGCCGCAAGCUGCCACCGUUAAGAUCGAGUGGCCCCAGCCUGUGCGCGACUACGUCCAACGCGCUUUUGCCGACAAGAACGACAGCCACCCAGACGGCAUUGAAGACAGUGCCAUCGCCGCAAAGCUGAAAGCCGUCAUCACCCAAGCAGCCGAAGCAAAUCAACUGAACAUCAUCAACUGGCCUAGCCACCCUCUCCCACGAGAACUCCUCCGCAUCGAACGAGCCGCCCUCAUGAGCGCCUCGAAGAAACGCAAGUCCAUGGAUAUGGAAUCCACCCCGGACGCCUCGUCACCCAUACCGCCUUGGAGAGUGAAGAACCUCUCCCUCGCCGACCGCAUCACAAAUCCUAGUCCCGACAAGCGCCAGAAAAAAGCCGACCAGUUCCGUGCCACUGCCCCUCCCAGUAAGUUGAGCGAUCUCGAGAAACGAAGGCAGCGUUUCGCGCUCGGCAACCAAGGUCCCAAUUCUCCUUAUAUCUCUUCUCCUCGUGACGACUCUCCUAUGCCCGACGCCAACGACGGUCCUUGUGUCGGCACUUCUCAAGAGCUCGAGAAAAACUAUUUCCGCCUCACCGCCCCUCCUAAGCCCGAGACUGUUCGCCCCCUUCACAUUCUCAAGCAAACUCUCGAUCUUCUUAUUAGGAAGUGGAAAGAUGAGCACAACUAUGGGUACAUUUGCGAUCAGUUCAAGUCCUUGAGACAGGAUCUCACUGUCCAACACAUCAAGAAUGAUUUUACCGUCCGCGUGUACGAGGCUCACGCACGCAUAGCUCUGGAAAAGGGGGACCUGGGUGAGUAUAAUCAGUGUCAGACUCAACUUCGUACUUUGUACAAGAUGAAGUUGCGAGGUUCCCCUGGUGAAUUUUUGGCUUACCGCAUUCUUUACACUAUCUAUACUUGUAACCGCCAGACCAUGAACGAUGUUUUGGCAGAUUUAACUUCAGCAGACAAGCAGUAUCCCGCCGUCAAGCAUGCCCUGGCAGUGCGUGCCUCUUUGGCUACAGGCAACUAUCACAGAUUCUUUAGGUUGUUCAACGAAUCGCCAAACAUGGGUGCCUAUUUGAUGGACAUGUUCGUCAACAGAGAAAGAGUGGCUGCCUUGGCCGCCAUUUGCAGAGCGUGA